AUGGGACAGGAGAGAAGCAACAAAGAAGUCGACGAAGUAUUUGCUUAUGACUUAAUGAUCACUGAAUAUCGUCUAGUAGAUUUUCAGAUAACAAUGUUCUAUAUAGAAAAAAUAGAACUAGGAGCGUUGCCUCCGCCACAGUCUAAAACAAAAAAGAAAUUCACAAGGCCGGAGGAGAUUGGAAGAUACAGGUUCCCCCGGAUUUAUCUAUUAGAUCGGCAUGCCAACCAUCUGUCUGUAUAUUGUAAUUUAACCGAUGCAUUUUUUCCUGGGCUAAGAUCCAACAAAUACCUUUCUUUAUGUAUUGGUAUCUGGGUUUAUCGUGCAAGUCCAUUAAAACAAGAUUAUCACAUGUCUUUCAAUGGCUUCCCAACUCAAUGGAUACCAAAUUACACACACAGGAAAUGCAAUAAGGUCCAGUAUCAAUUGACCCAAUUGAUUAGACAAAAUGAGUACCAACAGACUACCUUUAUGUCACUUGCUGACAGAAAGAAGCUAUUAGCUGCUGCACAAAGCUUUGUCCAAGAAAUAGUCGGGAAUAUUAUCCAAACUCACAAAAAAAAUGUUAUGAUGAGCCAAAAUGUUUCAUUAUUUGAAUUGGACAAAGAAUAA